GUAGAGACUAUUAUUUGGAUAGCCCACCACCCAUGAUCUCGUCGUCCAAACCUUAGGUACUGGCGCCGGGCAUCAGAACGCCCCAUCACACUCAUAACAAUCAGCAGAGGAUGUCGCGACAAGAGCGACUGAGCAAUGAUGAGUUCCUCACUCGGCUGACCACUCUCUUCACAUCGACCCAUUCAUCCGGCCAUGGAUCAAUAUACCUAACACAGAAGCCACUCGUGUCGACCGAGGAUUCAACCUCAUCAUCAUCCCCCCCACAAGUUCUCAUCCGUGCCACUGACGGCCUGUCGAAAUCGCACCGUGUCGCCAAAUCCGGCAAUAACAAGUCCAAGUCACAGUCCGCUGGAUCCAUACGUCCCAAAGUCCGCUUAGCCACCGUCGUCGAAGCCGAGGAUGUCGAUUCCUUCUACGUCAAGUAUGCCGAGUCAUGUAAGAAAGGGAUGGAGGCAUUAAGGAAGAGGGAUAAGAAAAAGGCAAAGGAAAAGGCAAAGGCUAAGAAGAAGGGGAAAUCCAGUACUGCUCCUGUCAAGGCUGCGUCGUGAAGGUCGGUAAAGGUGAGGGGUCGGUCAAUCAUGAGUAGGACUAUGGCGUCCCAAGGUUUUGAAGUUUCGUUGUGCAAACGGGAUUUCUCUGCGAUGUGAUGUCGUGUGGACAGCUCGCUACAAUCUUGGUCGAGCGGCUCCGGAGCAUCAGUUUGGAACACGAGCUUAGGCUGUUACAACCCGACCUGAUGGAACAAGUGCCAGAAUGAUCUCGCCUCUGUUCGCUGCAAGGUUGUGUUGGUCAGGCACGGGAGGCAAGAUCUUUGGGAUACGAUCUGCCAUGGAGACAUAUGGCUUCCGACCUAAAGUUGAACCAUCUCAACACUUGCCAUGCGCGAAACACUCUCCAACACCCUGUUUUGAGGUUGAACAAGGCUGCUUGGAAACGAAGCAGAUAGCUAAGGGAUUAGUCAGAAAGCCCGAGGCGAUCCUCUUGAGUCGCUGCCAUAGGAACGAGAACAAAGAUAGGAGAACAGAAAUACAAGCACAUGAUAUUGCCGAACGUUGUCUGUCUUCGCGGUACCUCCUCCACGAGGGGAUGUAAGCUAGGUCAAUGAUGGCUCAACAAUUCUCUGUGCCGAUAAUAAAAC